AAAUUCUACUUCCGAUUUUCUUCUUCGUUCUCAACCACAGAAUGCCAGAAAAAGAAGCUGAGAAUCAGAGCAAGAGUCUACAUCUAAAUCUUGAUCUAGCUUACAUACUCUGACAACCCAACAUAUUUCUGCUUCGGUUGUUCUUGUAAAGCUCAUUUGCUUUUUGUAACGCGUACUGUCUUGGCAAUGGCCAGUCGGCAUUCUACUGUGUCAGGGGUAAUGGGACAGUGCAUAUGUGCAGGUUGUUCUGGACCCCUUGUCUCUCCUGUCCAGUUGACGGAGUGUCUUCACAUUCUAUGCAACAAGUGCGCCUUGAAACUGAAGCGAAACUCUGGCAGCAAUACAAUUUUCUGCCCCAAAUGUAAUACAGAAAAUAAUGAUCUUCUGACCUUACAACUCAUUGCUGGUAUUUCAAGUAACAGCUCUGAUGAUGUGAUAAUGUGUGAUAGGUGCAUGAAAGAUGCAGCUAUGUGGAACUGCUUCAAUUGCUCAAUGAACCUAUGUGGAAACUGUCGCACUCAUCAUGAAGAGCAAGCUACUGAUGAGACUGGUGAUAUUGCCCUAGACCAGAAAAAGCACAGCUACAUGUUGCUUCCUCAAGCUUCUAACCUGAGAGGGAAAAUAUUUGAUAGUAGCUUCAGAGAAAUUAAUGAAGAGGAGGAUGCAGCUGCAGCUUUUGACAGCCUUGAUGCUAGUGACACAAGAUGUCCUGUCUGCAAUGAGGACAGAGCCAACUGUAGGCACACAGUAAUUCUUCAGAGUUUACAAAACGAAGCCUUACCACCCACUCAUUGUCCUAAGGCUGGUCACGCUGAAUAUGCAUUCUUUUGCUUAAAAUGUUGGGUUCCAUGCUGUGGAGAAUGCAGUGAGAAAGGUGAACACAAGCUGCAUGAGACAAGGCCCCUUGAGGACAUGGGGACAUACCUGGAGGACUCCAUGAAUAAAGUAAAGGAAAGAGCAUCAGCUCUGAUGCAGGGCUGUGUGGAGGAUGUGAAAGAAGAGGAGGCCAUUGAACAGCGGCUCAAGAAACAUGUAGAUAUGAUUGGGAAAAGCAUGGAAGAAAGGAGACUUAAAAUCCUAAAGCAAACCACCAUUUCAUUUGACCAAGCAGUAGCCAAUGCACGUGGGCAAGGUCAAGAUAUUUUGACUGACUACAGAGGAAAACUGGCUGAAUCCCAGCGGUUUAACUAUUUUCUGGACAAUCUGAGAGAUACACUGUCCAACAUCUCUUUGGACAGAAAUCACUUCAGUGUCGCCAAUAGUAUCCAAGUGUUUGAAAAACAGAAAGAGGCUUCUUCUCUCCUUGCAGAAGUGGAUGGGGCCAUGAGGAACUUGACAAAAGCGGAGGAGAGAAGGUUGGUCCUGCCUGAGGUGAAGAAGGUGGUCCCCCCGCCCCUGCCACUGGCCCGCGUGGGAACAGAGUGGAGCAGCCUCAAGCUGGCCUUCUCCCUACCUCUCGGCGACAGGGUCAGCAUCCCUCUCAGCAUUGUUGUGACAGGCAGUGAAGAAUGUCUGAUUUCCGCUAAGAUGUCUAAAGAAAGAGAUCCAGAUGGUAUCAUCUAUUACCAUCAAAAGACAGGACCGUUUGUUCAUGAUACACCUAGGGGACGUUUCAUGAUCUCACAGCUGAAGAGCAAGGAGAUUGUUGCCUCAUACUCCAACCCUGACACAGAGGAGCAUGGCGUAAUGUACAGCAAUGGACACUUCUUGUCCAGCCCUUCCUUGGGAAAUAAUGUGCAGUUUGAUGAAGUCAAAAGAUUUGAUUUUCCGCCUACAGGCAUAACAACUACCUCGGAUAACUAUAUUCUGGUCUGUGUUUUGGCUGACUCGGAGAAAGUGAAGCAUCUGAGCUGUUUGAUGAAGAUGUCUCUUCGUGGUGAGGUCAUUAAGACUACCAUGAGAAGACCAGGCAGAAAUAUGAUCAGUCCUGAUUUUGUGGCUGUGAAUGAUGACGGAGAUAUUUGUGUCGCUGACACCGAAGGCAGCUCUGUGAUCGUUCUUAACGAAAACCUUGAUAUCAAAGACAGAAUGAAUUACCGUCUGCCCACGAUGAUGGAUGAGAGCAGCUCUGUGUUCAAGCCUCACGGACUGUGCUACGACAGUUAUGGCCGCAUCAUUGUGACUGAUCCAGACAACCAAUCAGUUGUCCGUCUUGUCAGAGACCCCAACACACUCAAGUACAUCAUGCAGCCUCUACUGACCAAGUCAGAUGACUUGCCAGGCUUGUCAUACCCAAGGCUUGUAGCCAUGGGACCAGACAUGAGGCUGUGGGUGGUGUGUAGGAAUGACAUCCUAGUGUUUGAUUACUGCACUUGAUCUGAUGUGGAAUGAGUGGUUGGCGGGUGCUCUGAUAUGGUUUGUUCCUUCUUUCUUAUCAAACCUCUAUCAUCCUUAUCUCUCCU